GGUCGGGGGCAGCGUUUCGCAGUUUGAAUUCGGAUCCGCACCCCUAUGCCUCUGCAGCCAGCCCCCUGCUGCUUCUGACCGUAGGCAGUCAAGCAUGUAUGCCAUGACAUGCCCUUUGUGGAGUUGUGAUGUCGGCGAUUAGCUGAGUAAAUAUUGGUCUACACUUGCGCUUUCCGCUAGGCUGCACUUUGGAGUGCCCGAGGGACACUCAGGAAUACCCCUUUCUGCCCAGAGGACGCACUUGGAUUGGCUCGCUGGGUUUGGUCACGAAUUUCUGAUCGGCGUUUCGAUUCGAAUUCGAUCCCCCACGAUCUGGUGCUGAUUGCGGAGUUAUUGGAAGACCUGAGGCUGAUAUUGGGCGAGAAGGUGUUGACUCCAGGAAUCAGUUGCUCUUUGUGAUGGUGGCACAUGCGCCCUUUGCUUAUCCGGCGUCUCCUAUCCUCUCUGACCUCUGUUCGUUUGCUCAUCCAGUCCUGCCGUCAGCCAGUGCGUGAUCGAGUACAUGCAGAUAGCAUAACGGAUACCAGUUGCCCAAUCUCGGUAAUUUUCUCAUUCGGCCUGCCAGUUUCCACCUUCACUCGCAGCCCAGCCCAGCCCAGCUGACCGAAUCGCACAUGCAGGCAUGCGUAGUCGGAUGCAAUCUCAUCUGGAUAUCCUCGCUGAGUUGCCUCGAAAGCUCGCGGCAACUUUUGGGGGUAAGGCCCAUCCACCUUUCCACAAUGAUCGUUCUGCUGUGGUCAACUUUUUUAGGACAUCCUGCGCUUGGGAAGUUCUACAUCGCCACGGACGGGGAUACCCACCCACAUCCAGAGGGCUACUGCGUCUUCUGGGAGCACAUUGAUUCGGUGAUCACCGACAUGGGUUUCAAGCCCAUCCGGGGCAAGUGCCACCUGCCCGCCUGGUUGAUGAUGUUCGUGGGCUGGCUGUGUCAGACCGUGGGCGGCUGGUUCGGCCUGAAGCCAAAGCUCACGUGCUUCUCUGUCAGGAUGUUGCUCAUGAACCGCUGGUUCCGCAUCAGUGCAAUCGAGCGUGACCUUGGCUACCGGCCCGUGAUCGGCUUCCGGGAGGGCUGGGCGGACACCGUCUGCUGGUUCCGGGAGCAUUGGCUCCCGCACUUCGGCAGCGGCGCGUCAGGUCUAACUGGUGGCGUCGCAAAGCAGACGCAGCACAAGAUAGACCUCCAGUCGGGUACCUGCCUUUAGAACCAGAGAGAUAGUUCAGUUCCGAUCAGGAGGAUUCGGUGUGGAAUAGUGGAGGGUAUUGCCGGACAGCCAUGGAGGCGCCAGAUUGACGCUGAGAUUGUGGUAAGGGGUGUAUCUUCUGCAGUGUGGCCAGUCACACUCAUCACUUGCGUGAGCAGACCGACGCAGCUCGCAGGAACUCCAACGACGAGAGCGCCCGCAUGUCGUGCAAUAGCGGCUUGUUCCAUGUUUUGCCAUUUUGCCGUCACUCGUGCGAGGCUUUCUCGCGUGGGGUAACGAGUAUCAUGAGGCAGCACAUCACUCCAGUUCGUGUGUGUGUGUGUGUGUUUACCAUGGUGGGUCUUUUGUUGUCGCAGCCUGAUCUAUGUCAGCCUGAGAGGAUCGCUGCCCACGGAAGAUGACGAACCAACACCACACACCCAUACCAACAGGGGGGUCGGAAAGGGCUAUGGGUGCGUGUUGUCGGAUGGGG